CACUGUUUCUUUAUGAUCUGCAGGCAGAGGAGAUGGAGACAGAAAAUAGCACAGUCAUGACAGAAUUCAUCCUCCUUGGUAUGACUCAGUCUCACAGUAUUCAGCUCCUGGUCUUUGUGCUAGUUCUAAUUUUCUACCUCAUCAUCCUCCCUGGAAAUUUCCUCAUCAUCCUCACCAUCAGGUCAGACCCUGGCCUCACGGCCCCUCUCUACUUCUUUCUGGGCAACUUGGCCUUCCUGGAUGCAUCCUACUCCUUCAUUGUGGCUCCCAGGAUGCUGGCGGACUUCUUCUCUGAGAAGAAGGUGAUCUCCUAUAGAGGCUGCAUCACUCAGCUCUUUUUCUUGCACUUCCUUGGAGGAGGGGAGAUGUUACUUUUAGUUGUGAUGGCCUUUGACCGCUACAUUGCCAUCUGUCGUCCUUUAUACUACUCUACCGUCAUGAACCCAACAGCCUGCCAUGUCUUGCUCUUGGCUCUGUGGCUUGGAGGAUUUGUCCACUCCAUUAUCCAGGUUGCCAUCAUC